AUGACACCUCCACACACCGGUCGAGAAUUAUCCUUGAAGGUGUUGGAAAUGUUAAGUGAUUGGGGUAUAGAGAACAAUGUUUUUUCCAUCACUUUGGACAAUGCCUCUGCAAAUGAUAGCAUGCAAAGAUUCUUGAAAGAACACUUAGAAUUAAUAAAUAGCUUGUUAUUUAAGGGAAAUUUGUUUCAUAUUCGUUGUUGUGCGCAUAUUUUGAAUCUCAUUGUUCAAGAUGGAUUGAAGGUAGUUAGUGAUGCAUUGUAUAAAAUUAGACAAAGUGUUGCUUAUGUAAAGGUAACCGAAAGUAGAAGACUACAAUUUCAUGAAUGUGUUAGUAAUGUUGGUGAGAUCGAAACUACAAUUGGAUUAAGAUCUGAUUGUGUUACUAGAUGGAACUCCACUUUUAUAAUGCUCAAAAGUGCGAUCAAUUAUCGUCGUGCCUUUUAUAGCUUGAGUUUGCGAGAUUCAAAUUUCAAGUGUUGUCCUUCAAGUGAAGAGUGGGCAAGAUCCGAAAUAAUGUCUGAUCUUUUGAAGCUAUUCUACAACAUUACUAACUUGAUCUUCGGAUCUUCUUAUCCUCCUUCUAAUUUGUACUUUGAAGAAAUAUGGAGGAUUGAGUGUCUUUUGAAUUCUAUUUGA